GACCCUUAGAUCCUCGAUGAGAUAUUUCCCUGUUUGGCAAUUGCAAAAUCAGGCGAAAAUUUAAUUAAAAUCAUCUUCUGAUUUCAGCGUUAUCUGCUUGAAUUUUUUUAAAAGUAAUUUCCAGGCGCCCUAAUUUCUCCUACUUGAAAGAUCUCAAUAGGGAGAUUCUGGAUCGAACUAGCGGCUUGCAACUCGUGAGACUUAUUUAGGAACUUAUCAGUAGACUUUAUAAUUCAGAUAGGUGUCGAUAGUCGGCGCUGUAAAGCACAGAAUCAUGGGAGAUGGCCAUAACAGCUCGGGCAGAGGCAUUGUGGCCAACAAUAAUUCAUCCGGAAACAGUGGUAAGCCAGAGUGGCUGCAGCAGUACAAUCUGCUCGGAAAAAUUGGUGAAGGUACCUACGGUCUUGUUUUUCUUGCAAGAAUCAAGUCUCCGACAAAUCGUGGGAAAUGCAUUGCCAUAAAGAAGUUCAAGCAGUCCAAGGAUGGGGAUGGUGUCUCCCCCACUGCCAUCCGAGAAAUCAUGUUGCUUCGGGAGAUUACGCAUGAGAAUGUUGUGAAGCUUGUGAACGUGCACAUCAAUCAUGCAGAUAUGUCGUUGUAUCUGGCUUUUGAUUACGCUGAAUAUGACCUCUACGAAAUCAUCAGACACCACAGGGACAAGGUUAACCAUGCUAUGAACCAAUACACUGUUAAGUCAUUGCUCUGGCAGCUGCUCAACGGAUUGAACUAUCUCCACAGCAACUGGAUCAUGCAUCGAGAUCUAAAGCCAUCAAAUAUAUUGGUUAUGGGUGAUGGUGAUGAACACGGGGUUGUCAAAAUUGCUGAUUUUGGACUUGCGAGGAUUUAUCAAGCUCCCUUGAAGCCAUUAUCUGACAACGGCGUGGUUGUAACUAUUUGGUAUCGAGCACCUGAAUUGCUUCUUGGUGCAAAACACUAUACCAGUGCAGUUGAUAUGUGGGCUGUUGGUUGUAUUUUUGCUGAGCUUUUGACUUUAAAGCCACUUUUUCAAGGUGCAGAAGCCAAAUCUACACCAAAUCCUUUUCAACUUGAUCAGCUGGACAAGAUAUUUAAAAUUUUGGGUCAUCCUACCUUGGAAAAGUGGCCCACACUUGCAAAUCUUCCACAUUGGCAAUCAGAUUUGCAGCACAUUCAAGCACACAAGUAUGAAAAUACCGGACUUCAUAGUGUUGUUCAUCUUUCUCCCAAGAGCCCUGCAUUUGACCUCUUAUCUAAGAUGCUUGAAUAUGAUCCUCGAAAGCGUAUAACGGCUGCGCAGGCCUUAGAGCAUGAGUACUUCAUCGAACCUUUACCAGGUCGCAAUGCACUGGUACCCAUCCAGCCUGGAGAGAAAAUAAUCAAUUAUCCUACUCGUCCGGUGGACCAGAACACCGAUUUUGAAGGGACAACUAGCAUUCAGCAACCACAACCUAUGCCAUCCGGAAAUGUAGGUGGCGGCAUGUUAGGGAGAAAUGGAUCCGUGAAUAGGCCUAUGCCACCUCCUCAGAUACAAAGAAUGCAACAGGGCAUGAUGGCUUAUAAUCACGCAUCUCAGGCUGGAGUGGGUGGUGGAAUGAAUCCCGGAGGCAUGCCGAUGCAACGGAAUCUUGCCGCCCAAGUUCAGCAGCAGCAACAGUUGAAAAGGAAGGAUCCGGGAAUGGGCAUGAGCGGAUACGCUCCGUCGCAAAAAUCAAGACGCAUGUAAGGAAAUUAACUCCUGAUGUGUUACUCAUCCGAGUAAUCGAGUGAGUUAUUAUAUUCAUUCAAUUUACUAAACUUAUUUCAUGAAUUUAUAACUCGAUCGACAUUCGAGUUCCAUAGAUUUAUUGAUGUUAGCUCUUUGCUUGUUCCAUGCUUCAAAUUCCAAGUCAUAGACUACUGUGA